GUUGUUGCACUUCACGUUUGACAGAGUAAAACCUUUCCCUUUCGACCCAGCUGCAUUGCAUGUCCCAUUUAUUAUGACUCACAACACCAACACCGACUCUUCAAAUGAAAGUUCCAAAUCAACCCUAAAAUGAGUUGGUUGAAACUGUCAGCAUAAAUUAUUGUAAAUCUCCUGACAUUGUCUUCAAUUUCCACAAAUAAAAAAAAACAACCCUCAACUGCAAUUCUGGGAAGGCCAACCAACAAGAAUUAACCGCUUCUUCCACUGUUUUGAAACCGUCAGCGAACAAACAAAACCAAGUAGCUUAAGACAAAGUAGAAGAACAAAAAAAAAACUUGCAGUUAACACUUUUCAAUGAACAGAAAAAGCAGAAGAGCAUAUUUGUUUUCAGAAUCCUCGUUUGUUCUACAUGCCUCAUGGCUUUGAAUACGAUGAUACUUCAAUCAUGGCCUUUUAUGAGCCUUGUUUUUGUUUUACUUUUGCACAGUUUGUCAAUAACACCAACCUGUCAUUGCCAAACCAGCACCAAUUCUCCUACUCAAAACAUUGAAACUUUCUAUCCAAAUGGAACUUCAGCCACAGCUCCAGCAACACAACAACCACCACCACCAGUACCAACCGGUAACAUAGCGCCUAGCCGCGGUUCAUCGAACCGUAACAUAGCCACGGCAGUGGCUGCGACUGCAGCUAGCACCAUAGUUGUUUGUGGUUUAAUUUUCUUUGUGGUUCAAAGGUGCUUGAGGAAGAGAAGGAGAAGGAGAGAGGAGAUAAGAAGUAACACUGCUGGUGGUGGUGGUGGUGGUGGAGAUACCCGAGUUGUGCCUCAGGGAAAUUUGUUUGAGAGAAUUGAUGGGAAUGUGAGAGGGUUGAUUGUUGAUGAGGAUGGUUUGGAUGUGAUUUAUUGGAGAAAGCUUGAAGGGAAGAACUCUAACAAGGAUCUUCUGCAUAAGGAGGUUGUGAGGAGUUCUAGAAACAACGAAAAAGAAGAUGAAAAACAUGGUCAUGAUGAAAAUCAAGUGAAGAAAUCAAAGUAUAUCCAAGAGGUUCCUCUUCUUAGAGGGAAAUCUUCAACUUCUCACUUGAAUGUAUCUCCAGAAGAGGAUGAGCCUUAUAGAUUUUCGCCACUUCCUUCUCCUCCUCCUUCUGCUUCUGUUUCUGCUCCUAAUUCUUCCAGUGUUCCUGCAUCAGUCGGAAUUGUUAUCAAGGGUGCUCAGAAACCAGAUUCUCCAACUCAACCAUCAACUCCACCUCCUCCAGUUUCACCAUCAACACCAUCAUCCUCUACUUCUUUUGCAGCGGUUCCAAAAACGAAUAUUCCUGCUCCGUCGCCUCCCCCUCCUCCGAUCCCAGCUAGAAGGAAUCCAACACCUCCUCCUCCUCCGCCAUCGUCAAAGCCACCGCCUGCUCCCAUUGAAAUGCAAGCUAUUAAGCAAAGAAACUCUUCAGGAAAAGGCAUGCUGGAAACUAGCAAUGAUCAAGUGAAACUGAAGCCUUUGCAUUGGGAUAAGGUGAAUACUAAUAAUGCUGAUCACUCCAUGGUUUGGGAUAAAGUUGAUCGCGGCUCUUUCAGAGUUGAUCAAGAUCUUAUGGAAGCUCUCUUCGGUUAUGUUGCGACCAACCGAAGAUCUCCCAAAGGAAAGAGUCACUCAGCCAUUCCUAGCAAGGAUGCUUCAGCUCAAUCAGCAAAAACUAAUUUCCUUCUUGACCCUAGAAAAUCACAGAACAUUGCUAUUGUUUUGAAAUCUCUUGCAGUCUCACAAGGCGAAAUUCUCGAUGCACUCACUGACGGUAAGGGCCUCAAUGCAGAUACCCUUGAAAAGCUUGCUAGAGUUUCCCCAACAGAAGAAGAGCAAUCUCUUAUCCUUCAAUACAAAGGAGAUCCAGCAAGACUUGCAGCAGCUGAAUCAUUCCUCUUUAGCAUCCUUAAAGCUGUUCCGUCGGCUUUCAAGCACUUGAAUGCCAUGCUAUUCAGGUUGAAUUAUAACUCGGAGAUUCAAGAAAUCAAGGAAUCUCUGCAGACCAUUGAACUGGGGUGUAACGAGCUUAAAAGCAAAGGACUCUUUUUGAAGCUUCUUGAAGCAGUUCUUAAGGCAGGAAAUCGAAUGAAUGCAGGAACUGCAAGAGGUAAUGCUCAAGCUUUCAAUUUGGCUUCUCUAAGGAAGCUCUCUGAUGUCAAGAGCACCAACGGAAGAACGACAUUACUUCACUUUGUGGUUGAAGAGGUAGUCCGUUUGGAGGGAAAACGGGUUGCUCUUAACCGCAAUGGCAGCCUGAGCAGUAGCAGCAGUAGGAGCAGCAGCAACAGCAAUGGAAACUAUGAGAACAACAUUGCUUCAAAUGAACUGGUAGAAAGGGAAUAUGUAACACUAGGAUUGCCAAUUGUAGGAGGGAUCAGUUCUGAGUUAUCCAAUGUUAAGAAAGCAGCACAAAUAGAUCAUAACAACUUAGUUGGUUCAAUCUCAGCCCUCUCAACCCAGUUAGUUGAAAUUCAACAACUUGUUUCCUCGUGUGGAAAUGGUGAAGGAGGAAAUUUUGUGAAAGAAAUGGAUCAUUUUCUUGGAAAUGCUGAGGAAGAGUUGAAAUUAGUGAGGGAGAAGCAAACAAGUGUGUUUCAGCUUAUCAAGAAAACAGCACAGUACUAUCAAGGAGGAUCUUCAAAAGAGACUGCAGAAAACAAUCUUCAAUUGUUUGUCAUAGUGAAGGAUUUUCUGGGAAUGGUUGAUCAAACUUGCAUUGAGAUUGCACGUGACAUGCAGAAGAGGAAGCCUCCCAAGGCACUUUUUAGAUAGUCAUCAUCACUGGAACAUAUCACAUCAGAUAACUCCAAAAAUUAUUCAACUUAUGCAAUUGGAAUAGGGGGCUAAAGUCCCUUAAAUCAGAUUUCUGAGAAUUGGAGAUUUGUUGUUUCAUCAUUCAAAGUCUGAAGAGUUAAAAGAAUGGGCUUCAACUCAAGUCUAGUGUUCCUAAACAUUGGAUGUUCAGAAAUAUUGUGGAAGCAAAGCAAGCAGGCUAUGCUUUUACAAUUCAAAAGCUGAAACCAUCUUUAUGGCUUUAACAUUUUUCCAGUAUUAAUUAAACGUCCAAAUGUACGUGUCAAUAGUUCUAAGUAAAUUUCAAAUCUGAUGUAUAUCAUUGUUGGAUUCCUUUAGCAUGAACUAGAACUUGGUCGUAUUCUUCCACCAUUUCCUGCUGUAUAUACUCUAUGUAAUUUGUAAUUUUCGAUAAACGAGAUUUUAUUUAAUUUUUUUCCAGAUAA